GGAGCGUUUUCCUGGCUGCUUUCUUUGACAGGUGUUGAGUGGGGCAAAAGUCUUAAAACAGAAUCCAGCAUGUACGCCAAAGGUAAAGGAGCUGUCGUCCCUUCCGAUAGCCAAGCGAGAGAAAAGUUAGCUUUAUAUGUGUACGAGUAUUUGCUCCAUGUCGGCGCACAGAAAUCAGCACAGACCUUCCUGUCAGAGAUCCGAUGGGAGAAGAACAUCACACUUGGGGAACCUCCAGGAUUUUUACAUUCAUGGUGGUGUGUAUUCUGGGAUCUGUACUGCGCUGCCCCGGACCGGAGGGAGACAUGCGAACAUUCCAGCGAGGCCAAGGCUUUCCAUGACUAUAGUGCGGCCGCUGCCCCCAGUCCAGUGAUGGGAAACAUGCCACCCAAUGAUGGCAUGCCAGGAGGACCCAUGCCCCCAGGUUUCUUUCAAGGUCCACCAGGAUCUCAGCCUUCCCCUCACACGCAGCCUCCCCCACACAACCCCAGCAAUCCCAUGAUGGGACCUCACGGACAGCCAUUCAUGUCUCCGCGGUACCCAGGUGGCCCAAGGCCCGCCCUUCGUAUGCCAAAUCAGCCUCCUGGGAGCAUCCCCGGGUCACAGCCUCUCCUGCCAAACAGCCUGGACCCCACCAGACCUCAAGGACAUCCAAACAUGGGAGGUCCAAUGAGAAUGAAUCCCCCCAGAGGCAUGGGAGGCAUGGGCCCACAGAACUAUGGCGGAGGGAUGAGGCCUCCUCCAAACUCCAUGGGGCCGGGGAUGCCGGGCAUGAACAUGGGUCCUGGUGGAAGAGGUCCAUGGCCGAACCCCAACACCAACUCAAUAGCUUAUUCAUCUUCAUCUCCAGGCAACUACGUGGGCCCUCCAGGGGGAGGCGGCCCACCAGGAACUCCCAUCAUGCCUAGCCCCGGAGAUUCAACAAACUCAAGUGAAAACAUCUACACGAUGAUGAACCCUAUCGGCCCCGGUGGAAAUAGACCUAAUUUCCCAAUGGGGCCGGGUCCUGACGGGCCAAUGGGUGGAAUGGGUGCUAUGGAGCAGCAUCAUAUGAACGGAUCACUAGGCUCUGGUGACAUGGAUGGGUUGCCAAAGAAUUCUCCCAAUAACAUGGCAGGCAUGAACAAUCCCCCCGGCACUCCGCGGGACGACGGCGAGAUGGCAGGCAACUUUUUAAACCCAUUCCAAAGUGAAAGUCCCCUGAGGAUACCCCUGGAAAGCAGGACUCCUCUCAAGGCCCCCCAUCCCAACGCCUGUAAAAUGGGUGUAAGAACAUGAAACGGUCUCCAAGCAACAGGAAGGGUCUCCUCUCCGCUUCUCCUCGCCUGCCGGGCCCCAACAAGGGCCCUAGGACAGUGAGAGCCUGAACCUGCUCCAAGCCUGUCUCUCCCAAACCCAGAAACCUGCCCCCAUGGGUGGAUUUCAGCCCAAUCAAGAUGCCUGCUUGCAUCUACCACCACUCCAUUAUAUCAUGCUGAUCAUAACUUAUGAGGGCGCGCAGUAGUUAACUGACAGGGGGGGCUGAAAACCCUCAUUCAAAAACUCCUGUGGCAGGAAUGAUUAAAAAAAAUAAAAAAUGAACUGAUGAUGUUAUUUUAGGGCAAGAAUGGUUUUCAUUAAAUGUUUGUAUUUUUUGUUGUUGAUGAUAAUAUUAUUGUUAUAAUUUUCAUAAUUGAUAUUAUUCUACUAAUAUAGUUAUGAUUUCCUGUAAAGGGCACAUUUUAUCUCAGCAGCAGCAUCAACAAUGACAGAAUAAGCACACCUGAAAAAUGCACAAUGAUUUUCUGUUUACAUGAUUUUAGGUUAUUUGUUGUUUGUUUUGUUUUUGUCACAGUCAGUCUCACUUCACAUACCUCUCCUUAAAACUUCUUCAGAACUUGUAGGUAGCGUCUUUGCCUUCUAAAUGUUCGUAGCACCAUUUGCAUAAACUUUCAGACUCAGAAAGAUUGGAAUAAUCGAUCAUCUUCACCUAAUGAAGUAGUUUGUGUCGAGGUGUUGGUAUCCCGGCUAAAACUAUCCAUACAGUUACAACAGAGGCUUUCUCAGAGCAUUGCUGUUUUCUGGUACAAAGUGUCUGCUGAUGCACCUGAAUGAUCGGAUGUCUAGCUAUCUUGUCUUAAUAAGCACCCUUUUUUCUCUCUGCUUUUACUGCAAGAAAAUGGCUCUGAUGAAAUCCUGAUAUAAUCAUCAGGGGCCAGUUCUCAUUCAGUAACAGACAGAGAGCAUUUUGUCGAUCCUCUCGUCUCUUCUAUGGAUUUGGUCUUGUCUGUAAAUACAACAUAUUUAGCUUGUAUUGUGGUUGUUUUAUUAUUUGUUAUUUACAAGUUGUCUGUGAAUCCUAAAAUGUGGUUCCUUCCCCUUCAUCACUUUGUUUGAUUUCAGCCUUACUGUGGACUCUUUAGUGGCACUGUUUUCCUCCCAGGACUCAUUCUGGUCUCUCCUCAAUGUCUCCUUCUUUUUUGGACUGGGGGAGACUGUGGGACCUCUGAUACACUCAUGAAGCCUGUUUUCAUGCUUUGAGUUUAGGUUGAACUCACAGAUCCUGUAUGAUCCACUUUCUUAAUCCAGACAAGAUGGGCUAAAUAACUGUCUCCUCGGAGCUCCCAUCGACCAGUUGCCUCAGCGAGUCCCUUAUGUAUGGGAUAAUGGAUCCAGAGUAUUGGGUGGCUGGAGCACCGCUGAUGAUGGGAGCAGAGUGAUGUACCUUGGGGUUAACAGACCAUGCAGCCACAUCAGUCUAAAGAAGAGGAACAAUAAUUGGAUACUUUUGUAAUGGAUAUUUCCAUUUUUGUGGAUUGUUUUCAGCAAAUUGUUUUUAUUUGAAAUGUAUUCAACUGAUAAAAAAUUAAAGCCCAUAAAGCCCGUAGAAUCUGCACACAAAGAAAAACAUAGUUACAUAUUACACUAUUUAAUUUGUUUCUUUCUGUAUGUUAUGUACUCUUGGCCUGAUUUACUCACUGUUUCAAAGGGAUAACUUAUCUCUUAUUAUCUCUGACAUCACAUCGCAGCACUUGCGUCAUGGCUGUGUUCAAACCAACAAUAACUAAACAACAAUUGUAGCCUCUAUGGGUGAUGGUGAUGUACUUAUCAAUUUUCUGAUAUCAGUGUGAACAGAUUGUACCCAGAGUUCAACAGGGACAUCUCCAGGAUUUGGCUGUCAGUGGCCUGGGAAACACUCUCUAGUGUUCCUUCAACAUAGUGACACACACCUCCCUCCUUUCCUCCAAUCCCAUCCCUCACCCUCCAAACCUCUCCCCCCUUCUCUUUAAUUUCCUUUUUUGUAAAUACUGUAUAAUGCAUUUUGAUAUCAUUGACAUGUUUUGAUAUGUCAGUCACUACCAAUGAAUACAGCUGAAAGUAAAUUAUAAAUAAAACUGUCCAUGUUUUUCAUAGAGAAAGGAUGCGCAGACUAUUUGGCUCAUGUGGCUAAAUUUCCAUAAAAAUGUAUAGAACACAGUAACACAAUAAAUGCAGACUGUAUGCUAAAGACUUGUAUGGUGGGGAGGAUAGGACAGAGAGAGGACAGGACAGAGAGAAGCAAAUGAGCGUCCUCACUCUGCCCUUGUCUCCAUAUGCUUCAGUUAAAUGUUACUAUUGGCUGUGAAUAAUCAGCAUCUGAAUAAUUUUUUUUUAAAGGGCAUCUUCUCACAAAAAACAUGUGACCUCAUUGCAGUUUUUAAUAUGAAGGAUUUUUAUCAAUUUAAGAAAACUUUUAAAAAGGAAAAAAUACUUAAGAGAACCUCAUUUUAAAUUAAGAAUAGAUAAAAAAAAAAGUAAUACUUAUGGGGAAAACUGUGUCCUUUGCUAUUUGCUCCUUUAAUAGCUUUGUAUAGAUUCAAGCUCUCUCACUGAUCCUCUCUCAGUCCUCUGUGUAUAUCGAUCGUUGGCCAUCUCUGUACUUCUAUUGUGAUGUAUAAUACUGUACCAUUAGGAAGAUUUGCUGGUUGGGUGGGGUGGUUAUGUUGAGUCGGGGAGGGGUGGGGAUUCAAGGGAACGGGAUAUAAAUGAUUCUCCUGUACCGUUCAUGGUCCUUUCUGAUGACACGGCAGUAUUCAAUAUGAAGCAGUCUGUCUCUUGGGUUUGCUUUGUAUUUCAUGGUAGGAUAGUUCAGAAUCUUGUCUUAGGGACUUAGGUGUCUUGUGUAGGUAAUAAAGAUGUUCUUUGUAUGUUUCUUUAUAUUGUAAAGUUUCUUUAGACUGAAAGAAAAACAGAUAAUUUGCUUAUCAAAAAAGAAACAAUGCAUCAAUAAUAAAUGUCAUUUGAUUUUU